GCAUAAAGUACGUAUGGCAGAACGUUAUUUAUAUUAUAACCAAGUAACCAAUUUCGAAGUUACAAAAUUGAUCAAAAUUCCCAGGUCAGCAGUUCAACUAUUUACAUAAUCGGUACUCCUUAGACUAAUAUCAUGGCAUCAACAGCAGUUAAAGCAAUGGGCGUAGCCAAAGAUGUGUCCCCAUUGUACUAUAGAAUAUUAUCAAAAUUUCCACAAAACUUUACAUUCUGCUUCGCGUACGGCUCCGCUGUGAAACCACAAAUCACUAACCAGAAGAAACAGAACAUGAUCGACCUUAUAUAUUGCGUUGAAAACUCUUAUAGAUGGCAUGGAGCCAACAUUGAACAAAACCCUUCACAUUAUUCUGCACUACGUUUUCUAGGCAAAGGAUUUGUUGCAAGAUACCAAGACAAUUGGGGCGCUAAAGUUUAUUUCAAUACUCUUGUAGACCUUAAAGAAGAAAAUAUUACAAUAAAAUAUGGUAUAGUUUCGCAAAAGAGUUUGAUUGCAGACUUGCUGGAUUGGAAUGACCUAUACCUUGCUGGGCGUCUCCAUAAGCCAGUAGAAAUCAUAAAGCAAACAAACAGUUCACAAUUACAGAAUGCUCUGCAGUCUAAUUUGAGAUCUGCUGUGCACACAGCUCUUCUCAUUUUACCAGAAUCAUUUUCAGAGUAUGACUUUUAUUUUGCCAUUUCUAAUUUAAGCUAUGCUGGAGACUUUCGAAUGACUUUUGGAGAGAAUAAAAACAAAGUUAGGAAUAUUGUCCAACCUCAAUUAUUGAGUUUUCGUGAAUUGUACCGUCCAAUCUUGAAGCAAUUCCAUGCAUAUGUUGAUUUUUCUGAUGGAGAUGCUCAAUGUCACCAAGACUCACAUCCAGAGACCAAAUUCCACCACCUUAUGCAAUUACCAAUGGUUCCUCAACAAAGAAUAGACAAAUUUUGGAAUCAUGGUGGUCCUCACCAGGACAUGGAAGAUGUGCUCCGUGCUGUUGCAUAUGAUAUUGACUGUGCUGUUAUAUUGAGACAAAUACUAAAAGAUAUAGUCUGGCAAUCUAGUGUGAGACAAUCCUUAAAGGGAAUCUUAACAGCAGGAAUCUUAAAAUCCAUUCGCUACAGUGCAAAAAAAAUAGCAAAAAUGUUUUAGUUGUAUAAAUUUUUAUCAGUUUUAUGUAUAUAAUU